AUGAACAAGGCUACACUAGUCAGGUGCUUGAGAGGUAUCGAAGACAGCUUUUCCAGCAACGAGGCUAGAGCUAAUCCGUUUCUAUUUGCGCAGAAGCAACUAAAUAUAGUCGUUAAUUCGGCGAACACCCUUACCAAGAUCGAUCCGCUUGACUCCGGAGCCGUCACGCACACGCUGAUCGACACGUUCACCGUACACGCCAAGCGGAUCCUGUGUGAAACUUACAGGCUUUGUACGGAUACUAAAACAUCGCUUCCAUCGGGUAGUAACGUCCCGGAGAACCAAAUCGAACAGAAUUCUGUAGCUUCAAUCAGGCAGCGGAUUCGUAAGCUCCAAAAUGAAGCGUCGAUUGGAGUCACCCUCGCGCUGUGUGCUCAGACUACCCUCCAAAACGGACGAGAGUGCAUGGGAGGAAUACUCCAAAGACUGGAACCAGCCCUUUGUAGAGGCAGCAGCGUUGUUGCAGUCAUUGGCGCAGUCCAUAAGGGAGAACUCUUUAAGAAAGAAGGAAUUGCAGAAGCAGCAGAACGCUGGUUCAAGCACGUCAUCGACAAUUCGCAAGUGAUAAGCAAGCUCACCUGCAGGGAGUGCUCCCUGCUGCUGUGGAGGCGUGUCGCCACGCGCUACAUGAAAGACGCCCCAACCGAAAACUGUCUCAGGCAGAUCAGCACGUUGAUUUACCACUGCCACGAAAAACUGAAAGAUGAGGUUUAUCUGAAUUUCGGGGAAGACCCCUUGGAGAUGUCGCGCCUGCAGCAAGAUAGUGGGCCACUCACCCUUCCUGAUGAAAGGGCUUUAAAACGGCUGAACCAGACGCUCUCCAACGUCAACCAGGCAGCCCUGAUCAUGCGGCAUUGCGAAACAUACUCCGGCGCGUCGAACGUGCUCCAUGCCCUAGGGCCCUCCUCGAUAGACAGGUUAAGCAAGAUGUUGACGCUUGCGUGGAGGUUGCAAGGCCGUGCCCGCCGCAGCCACAAGUCUAGCGACACCCACACGAAGGUGGGGCUUGCUGUCGCAGACGCCAUGGAUGGCAGACACAUGCGGUGCAUCUAUGAAAACCCCGUAGGGAACAGUGCAUAUACUGUUGACAUACUAGUCACAAUUUAG